AUGGAAUGUGCCGAACCGUUACAUUACAAUUUUGAUGCUAUAAGCUGUCAGGAAAAUCGACAACAUAUAAGGGAAAGAAAUAAUUCAUCAACAACAACUGCUUUAUGUUCAUUCAGCAGUCCGAUAACACUAAUCAGAAAUGAUGAUAAUGAUGAUGAUGAUGAUGAUGAUGAUAAUGAACUUAAGACAGAUUCAUCAUCUUCGAAUUAUUUACAACGAAAAAUUACAAAUGGUAUGGACGCUGCUACAUCGUUAUUUUCAUCUAUUGGAACAAUUGGUAGUUGGUGA